AUGCUGUUUUGGAAAAGUGAAGAAGGUCUUGAUACGUGUCAGAGAUGUGGUGCUUCUAGGUGGAAACUUGAUAAACAUGGAAAAGAGAUCAAGCGAAAGGCAAAUGGUAAAAAAAUACCUCAAAAGACAUUGCGAUACUUUCCUCUUAAGCCACGAUUGCAAAGGCUUUACAUGUCUUCGAAGACAGCUUCUGAUAUGAGAUGGCACCAUGAAAGACAAGUUGAGGACGGAGUGAUGAGGCAUCCAGCUGACUCUGAGGCUUGGAAAAACUUUAAUGAGCUACAUGAAAGCUUUGUCGAAGAGCCCCGAAAUGUUAGGCUCGGUCUUGCAAGUGAUGGUUUCCAGCCUUUCACAAAUUCAAAAGUUUAUUAUAGCAUAUGGCCUGUUUUACUUGUACCAUAUAACUUACCACCAUGGAUGUGCAUGAAACAAUCCAAUUUUAUUUUAUCUAUGCUCAUUCCUGGUUCAACAGGUCCUGGAGAUGCUAUUGACACCUACUUACAACCACUGAUAGAAGAACUAAAGGAGUUGUGGGCCUCAGGCGUUCGAACAUAUGAUGUAUCUCUGAGACAGAAUUUUAUUUUACGUGCAACACUAAUUUGGACUAUUAAUGAUUUUCCUGCUUAUGCAAAUUUAUCUGGAUGGAGCACUAAGGGGAAAUUAGCAUGUCCUUGUUGUAAUAAGCACACUCACUCUAUCAGGUUAUCUAAUGGAGGCAAGCAAUGCUAUAUGAGGCAUCGUCGCUAUCUUGAUGAAAAUCAUAAUUGGAGAAAGGAUAGGAAAUUAUUUGAUAGCACUAGGGAGAGAGGGUAUGCAGCGCCGAAGCUGACUGGAGAUGACAUCCUUAAGCAGGUGGAAGAUCUUAUAGGGAUCACCUUGACCAAUCAUCUUGAGAAGAAAAUUAAAAUAUCACACGAAAGACGGGGAGAUAAUUGGAAUAAGAAAAAUGUCAUGCAUAUUGAGAACAAUAUUUGUGAUAGUCUGCUGGGAAAAAUCAUGAACAUUAAUGGAAAGACAAAGGAUAAUAUCAAAGCCCGUCUUGAUUUACAAGCAAUGGGUUUAAAACCGGAGUUACAUCCAAUCCAGAGAGGAGAUAAACUUGUGAUGCCAGCAGCUUGUUAUACUUUAUCCCAAGAAGAGCAAAGCAAAUUUUGUCGAUUUCUAAAGGAGUUAAAAGUUCCAGAUGGAUUUUCAUCCAAUAUUUCUCAAUGUGUAAAUCUUAAAGAGCGUAAGAUUUUGGGGUUAAAGAGUCAUGACUGUCACGUUCUUUUGCAGCGCUUGAUUCCUGUAUCGAUUCGUGGCCUUCUUCCUGCAAAAGUGUGUGAACCAAUUAUUGAACUUUCCAUAUUCUUUACUAUUUUAUGUGCCAAGACAUUACGGGUGUAUGAACUAAAGCAAAUUGAUAAAAAAAUUCCACUUACGUUAUGUAAGCUUGAGAGGAUUUUUCCACCUUCAAUUUUUGAUGUUAUGUUGCAUUUAGUAGUUCAUUUAUCAUCUGAAGCCAUACUUGGAGGGCCUGUUCGAUUUCGAUGGAUGUACCCAGUGGAGCGUCAACUUUAUACUUAUAAGUCAUAUAUCAGAAAUAGGGCUCGUCCAGAAGGGUCAAUUGCCGAAGGAUAUAUAGCAGAUGAAUGUAUGACUCUUUGCUCGAUGUAUCUAAAAGGCUUCGAGACAAAGUUUAAUCGCCUUGAAAGAAAUUAUGAAGAUGACAAUAGAGAAUAUCAUAAAAGACAACUAUCUAUUUUCAGACAUAGUGGGCGGGCAUUGGGUGCUGCCACCACCCGCUACCUUGAUGAACGUGAGUGGUUACAAGCUCAUAUUUAUGUUCUAAAGAACUGUGAUGAAGUGCAACCACAUAUUGAGGACUAUAAUGAAUUCGUGAGAGAACCCACAAAUCACUAUGAUGAUAAAGAUUGGGAUAAGAACUUUAUCGAGUGGUUCCAAUCUCUAGUUUAUCAGAGUUAUCGAGAAGAUGAAGACUUACUUUUAUUAUCUCGUGGUCCAAUUGUUGGUGAUGGUGGUGAUGAUGGAGAUAUAGAUUAUUAUGGUGCUUUGGUUGAAGUUGUUGAAUUAGAGUAUCUUGAUGGAAGAAAGGUUGUUCUAUUUCGUUGUAAGUGGUGGGAUGUGCACGGUAAAGGAAAAGAGACCGCUUUGAAAGAAGACAAAAAUGGAUUUAUCAGUAUUAACUGUCGACACUUGCUAAAGACGAAUGACCAUUUUAUACUUGCUGGCCAAGCAUCACAAGUUUUUUAUGUUGAGGAUAUUACCAAUGAAGGUUGGCAUGUAGUUCUUAAAGCACAACCCCGUGAUUCCUAUGAUAUGCCACCAGAUACAGAUGAUUGUGAGAUAACAGACGAUGGAGUUGAAGCUUAUUUGCAAGAUGAAUCAUUUGAUACUCAGGCUAUUGCAUCAACAUCAUUGGUAGAUGAUGAUAUCAAUUUGAGAAGGAGCGAUAUUGAUCCAAUUAUUGUAAAUUCGGUCUUAACUUCAAAAAAGAGGAAAAAGACUCAAGUAGAGGAUUAA